AAACGCUAGUGCGCAUGCUCAGACAUGGCAGCUGCCAGUGGUUGGAAACUGCUCACAGCCGAUGGUGAGAAUAUUUUUCCGAACAAACCGUGAGAGAAGAACUGAGCGGAGGGAGGAAGACUGUCACUCUCAUACCUGUGAUGGAGAACAAAGAGGGGAGAAGGUGAAACCUGUAAUGUCAUCUGGAUGGAACCGACGGGUCUACGAGACGUUUUCAAAUGUAUAACACUGUCCAUUGCAGCAAUGGAGGAUAUUGGUCAUCUUCCCAAACCCACGAAUGACCUGAGAACAACCUUCAGGCUGCACCACUCCCCACCAGAAAAUCUGCACCCCACUGAUACAAGCAGGAAAUCUGACAUCCAGAAAGAUGGAGUAUGCACAAAAGAUUCCCACCCAGUGAUGACAGCUGAGCCACGGAUGAUUUCUGGAUUUGCAGGUCCCUUGGGUGCUGACAGCACAUUUAAUAUUGCAGCUGUAAAUGGAAACUCUAACUUGGAUAAGACAGGCAUGGGCAGAAAAAAACCCAGGGCAAGAGUUGCAGAUCCAUCCAAGUGGAAGCAAAACAAGCAGAAGCAGCUGAGGAUGGAGGGCAAGGCGUACAUCAGCAAACGCAAAAGAGACGGGGAGACCGUGACGAAACAGCCGAGAGCAGUGGGACCAAGGUGCUCCUCAAGUGUGUGCGAGAAGGCUUUUAACCGACUUUGUAAUGAAAUCGACGAAGACGUCAGGAGAAAAGUGUUUGAUGAAUUCUGGCAGCACAUGAACUGGACUCAGAGGAAACUGUAUGUAGCAGGACAAGUUGACCGUGACGCUGUGGAAAGAUCUCGAGCUGCUGGAUCACUGUCCAGAAGAUCAGUAUCACUCCGCUAUCACCUGCUGGUGGAUGGCAAAAGGAAACAAGUGUGUAAGAACAUGUUCCUGUCCACUCUGGGGAUCGGAGAGUGGUCUGUGCUCAACUGGGCACAGACAGAAGCAUCAAAUAAGAAGGGACAGAGUGGGAAAAAAUUAGAAAAGUUGAAGGCUUUGCCUCAAGAUACACAACAGAAACCUUCUUCUUCUUCUAAGGAGGUUACUCUGGUGAGUUGUAUUGACAGAGAGAAAAACAGCCCACCAGAACCAGACAAGCAAACAAGAAAGAAAUCUAGAGUUGCCAAACCACUGACAUGGAAGCAAAACCGACAGAAGCAACUCAGGAUGGAGGGCAAACCGUACAUCAGCAAACGAAAGAGAGACGGUGCUACUGUGACAAAAGCUCAGAGGACAAUCGGAUCUGGAUGUGCCUCCAGUGCCUGCAGGAGGGCAUCGAACCGCUUCUGUGCAGACUUCAGUGAAGAAGCCAGGAACCAGUUAUUCAAUAGUUUCUGGCAGUGUAUGAACUGGUCCCAGAGAAAGACCCAUGUGGCCGGAUUAGUCGACUGUGACCCUGUGGAAAGAACCCGAGCACCUUGGACUAAGUCGAGAAGAUCUGUCUCUAUGCGGUAUCACUUAAUGGCAGAUGGUGACAGGAGACAGGUAUGCAAAAAGAUGUUCCUUUCCACUCUGGGAAUCGGAGAGUGGUCGGUGCUUAACUGGGCACAAAGUUCCUCCGAGCAGGACGACUCAGAGGGAAACACAAAGAAGCAAACACAGAGGAAGUCUCGUAAAGCUUCAGAGCAUAUAUUCCUCAAAGAGUUCCUCGACAGUUUACCCAAAGUGCCCUCGUACUCCUGCGGGACGUCCGUCUCUAAGCUGUAUCUGGAGCCAGUGUUCUCAAACAUGUCAGAGGUUUACAGACACUACUACAACCACUGCACAGAGAAGAAGACCACGCCACUCUCCAGGCAGGUUUUCUGUGCUGUUUUUAAAAAGAUGGAUUUGGGGUUGUGUGACCCCAAAAAGGAUCAAGGGUAUGCUUUUAGUGCACCUGGGAAUUUAUUCAAUGAGCUCUGGGAGGAGUACUGCUUGGAGAGAGGACCUCCAGCACCACAACUGGAGAAAUAGACUGGAUGUAAGGAGAAAAGGGACAUUGGUGGAAGUUUAUUUCUAAAUAAUAAACUGUAUUAGUCUUUUUUUUAACAACAUUAUUAUAUAGACUUUGACUUUGCCAAAAUGGCUGUAUGAUAGUAUCUCAUAUUUCAGGAAAUCCUGAUAUGCAUACACUUGUUGCAUCCUGCGUUAUCUAUUGUGUCACUUUAGAUGAACUAUUAAAGCUACAUUCAUUUUGUUUUUGUGAUGCAGGUUCUCCUGAGAGCAUUCCCAACCUUCAUUAUUAGUCAAGACUGAAACAACAUGUCAAAAAUGUGUGUAAAAAAUUCACUAAUGUGUAUUUAACAUGAUUGCCUGGACCAUAUCUUAUGUGUUCUGUUUUCUUUUGUGGAGCAGUUUGCACAGUCCUCCUCUUAGAGCGCAUUUACAGUCCUUUUAU